UGGCCAAUGUGGACCAACUGACAGCCUACUGCUGUUGAGUUUGUGUUGCAAAUCUUUCCUGGCUCCUCCUCUAUGUUCUAGACCAAAUACUUUCCUGGCAUAAAUACUCAUCUGUUCAGCUGUGUGUAAAUCUCUUUUAUUAUGGCUUUAGUGGACACACUUCUCCUGAAUGUCUCCAGCACAGGAGCUUUACUCGCUGCUCUUCUGCUGCUUUUGGUUAUUUAUUUCUGCUUCAGGUCUCCAGAAGAUGACCAAGAACUUCCAGGACCCAAACCACUGCCACUUGUGGGAAACCUGCACAUUCUGGACCUUAAACAACUUCAUGUGAGCCUCUGGGAUUUAUCCAAGAAAUAUGGGUCAGUGUUCAAAGUUCAUCUUGGACCCAAAAAGAUUGUGGUUUUGGCCGGAUACAAGACGGUUAAAAAAGCACUGGUGAACCAGGCUGACGAAUUCGGGGAAAGAGACAUAACACCCAUAUUCCAAGACAUGAAUAAAGUACACGGACUCUGCUUUACAAAUGGUGAUAGGUGGAAAACAAUGAGAAAAUUUGCUCUCUCAACUCUUCGAGCCUUUGGAAUGGGAAAGAAACUGAGCGAAGAGAUAAUUAUUCAGGAGACGCGAUAUCUGCGGGAAGUGUUUCAGACCUUCCAAGGAAAUCCCUUUAAUACAACCCAGCCAGUAAAUUAUGCCGUUUCUAACAUCAUCUCAGCUAUUGUGUAUGGAAAUCGGUUCGAAUAUGAUGAUCCAAAGUUUAACGAAAUGGUCAACAGGGCAAACCAGUUCAUCCUCAUGUUGGGCUCUGCUUCCAUACAGAUCUACAACGUGUUUCCAGUGCUUAGGCCGUUACUGAAGACCUGGAGACGGCUUAUGGAAACUUUGGAGAAAUACCAUGCUGAAAUACAGGUUCUGGUGGAUCGCUUGCGGGAGACUUUAAACCCUCUCAACUGCAGAGGAUUAGUUGAUGCCUUCCUCAUCCAAAAACAAAGCUUAGAGAAAUCUGGUGAAAAUGAUUCACAAUAUAAUGAUCUAAACCUGCUCAUGACUGUCUCCAACCUGUUUGCUGCCGGUACUGACACCACCGGCACAACGCUACGCUGGGGUUUACUGCUCAUGGCCAAAUAUCCACACAUACAAGAUCGAGUUCAUGAGGAAAUUGACAGGGUGCUUGGCGGACGUGAACCGGUUACAGAGGACAGGAAGAAUUUACCUUACACAGAUGCUGUGAUCCAUGAAAUCCAGAGACUGGCGAAUAUAGUGCCCUUGAAUCUGCCACAUGAAACCAGCUGUGAUGUGAACUUCAAUGGAUAUCUCAUCAAGAAGGGGACGUGUGUUCUGCCACUGCUGUAUUCUGUUUUGAGAGAUGAGAGCGAGUGGGAGACGCCCAACACUUUCAACCCUGAACACUUCCUUAAUGAGAACGGUCAGCUGAUCAAACGUGACGCCUUCAUGCCCUUCUCUGCAGGUCGCAGGAUUUGUUUAGGAGAGGGUUUGGCCAGGAUGGAGCUCUUUCUGUUCUUCACUUCUCUUCUUCAGUGUUUUCACUUCACUCCUCCACCUGGAGUCUCUGAAGAUGAAUUGGAUCUCACACCAGUUGUGGGUCUUGUCUUGAACCCCUCACCACACAAGCUGUGUGCAGUCAGUAGGGCAGAAAAACACAACCUCAGGUCAUAAAUAAAAUAGCAGAAUAACUAAAUCAGUAUAUGUGACCCGUCACGGAAACCAGGGACUCAAGUCGGCAGCACAAGUUUCGAGAAAAUGAGAAACAAAGUUUUUUUUUUCGAAAUUUGUGAUUUUCGUUUUAUUGCAGAAUCUGUUAGUUGAGAUCACGAAGAAGCCUCUCCAUGUUUGAGAUAGCAGUUUUUGUAUAUUUAAAAGCGUACAUUUUGCGGUUAAAAUAGGCUUGUUUUUCCGGAGAUUCUAGCGUGCAGCGGGGGGCGUCAUUGUCUGUGUGUAUAUUUACAUACUGUAUAAGCUUGUGUUUUCGCCUCCGCCCCCAAAGGGAACAGCGUGACUACUAAAUAAGGAUAGUUCGCCCAAAAAUGAAAAUAAUGUAAGUAAUGACUCACCCUUAUGUCGUUCUAAACUCGGAAGACCUCCGUUCAUCUUCGGAACACAGUUUAAGAUGUUUUAUCGUUAGAUUUAGUCCGAGAGCUUUCCCCUUCAUUGAAAAUCUAUGUAUGGUUUCCAUGUCCAGAAAGUUAAUAAAAACAUCAUCAAAGUAGUCCAUGUGACAUCAGUGGGUCAGUAAGAUUGUGUUGAUGCAUCGAAAAUAUAGUUUGGUCCAAAAAUAGCAGAAUUACGACUUUAUUCAGCAUUGUCUUCUCUUCCGGCUCGAGCGUGAAGUCACGUGACUGUAGUGACGCGCUGCCCUGUUCCUCAGAUAUGUUUGCUAAGUUUUUUUUUUUUCAAACUUAUAGCCUGCGUCUCCCCAGACUGUAAAGCUCGGGCGCACAAAACAAAAGAAAAAUAAAAGAAGCUGGGGCGGAACAAAUAACAGUCAGCCGCAUCGUACGUCAGCCGCGUCACUGACUUUAUGCGGCGCCGCAGUCGGAAGACGUCAAAGUACCGCGAGAGCUCUUCAAGAAAUCUUACGGAGUAGUUUAAUUUCGACUCGCUCUCGCGGUACUUUGACGUCAUCUGUAUGUCAGUUCUUGCAGCUCAGCAUGAGUCCAAACACACAGAAGUUACACAGAUAUCGUUGUAUUCUUCAUAUAAUUGGCUACAUGUUUUGUCUAUCAAUAUUUUCCAUGAAGUCAUUGGCUGAUGGAGGAACGAGCGAGCCAUUGGUAACAUCUCUAAAGGAUGUCACGUUUUCGACGGCGCUGUUUGGAUAAUCUAUUAAACUACUUCCCUAUUUUAAAUACAAACUUUGAAGGCGGGUUCAUGUGUUUAACGGAGUGUAAGCUCAUAUACCCUUACAUGUUACGAUUUAAAUAGUCUUCAGAUUAUAUAUUAUAUUGUAUUACCAGACAUUCAUGCGAAAUCUGAUGUAAACAAUCUAUAUUUCACGGAUUAUUCGCAUUUGUGGACAAAUAUGGUCAUUGGAUAAUCUGAAACAGACUGGAUUCGACUUGUGAUCCCCACAAAGGUAAAAGAGUCAUGUUUAUUUUUGCGGGUUGUCAUUUGGUCAUAAAAUACUACAUAUGAUGCUAGAACAUCUCAAAAAGGGUUUUACAGGGGGCAUGGCUUAGCUAAAUGAGAUGUAAAUGAGCCCUAUUGUCUCCCCCAGCUGAAAAGAAGAGUCCCUUUCGUCUCGAUUUUCUCGGUUUGAGUAUUUCUGAGUUCCUAUAUUCAAAUGGCCACAACUUCUCCAAAUCUUAUCAGAUUUCCAUGUGUUACACAUCGUUGGAAAGUUUAGGAACUGCACUUUCAGAAUCUGUGAAUAACUCAAAAUGCCCAGAUCCGACUUGUGUCCCUACUUUCCGUGACUGGUCACAUAUACCUAAUGAUCGUAAAACAUAAAGACUCUUACAGUUGGUCCAGUGACUUCUUUUUCGGGUGUGAAGCUCAUCAAAACGUACAUUUAGCCCGUCAUGUGUGUGGCUCAUCGUGUCAAAAUAUGUGUUUUUGCAUCAUGUGAAAAUACGAGCUUGCUGCAGACACUACGUUUGCCAGAUACGCAUUAAAUUUAAUGUGUAAUCAGAGUUUAGUAUUAAGUUAGUGUCUUGCAAGUAUUUUGUAAACAUGAGUGUCCCUUUCUCAUAAACCCUUUCGACGUUGUGCAGCAGGGACGUAUUUUGACAAGAAGCACCAUUCACAAAAUUUGAAAUUGCACCAAUCGGAAGAGAAGUCAUCGGCUUCCACUGGACACUUGUUUCACAUUAUAAGAUUCUUAGACUAUUAUAUUAUCUCAUUAGCUUUUACAUCACACAUGUACAUUCUGGGCCUUAUCAUAUUCAAUUGUUGGUGUAAAAAUGUAUAAGCUGUAUAAAUAUAUAUAGAUCAUUAAUGCAUUUGACAGAUACUUGUAUGCAAACUGACUAACAGGGCAUUUAAGCUAUACAUUUAUCAGUAUUUGUGUUCACUGGGAAUCAAACCCAUGAUCUUCUCGCUGCUAACCCAAUGAUCUACCAGUUGAGCACAGGAACAUGAUAUUUCUGUAAUGAUUAAAUAAAAUACUCUUCUAGAGGAAAUCAAAUCAGCUUCAUUCAUAUUUUGAAAAGAAGACUGCAAAUUAGUCACGGCUUUUGCUCAUUUCACCACUUUUUCUUCAUUAUGUGCAUAAAAUAAAUCAAACAUCUUUAAAUGAGCUGAUGCUGCUCCCUGCUGGACAUUUGUUACAAAAUCAAACCUGGCAUGAUAAAAGAGACAAGUGUGAUACACAUGUAAGUAAUACUUGCUCUAAUUCGACCAAU